AUGUUAUUAACUAUGACAAAGGCCGUUGAGGAUGUUCUUUCCAAGCACUUCAUUCAGACAAAGGUGGACAUCGCCUAUGCCAUCAACAAGCCUUUCCCUUUCUUUGAAGCCCUCCGAGACCACCACUUCAUCACUGAAGAAAUGUACAAGGAUUCUCAGGAAGCCUGUGAUAAUCUGCUUCCUGUACCCAGAGUGGUGUACAACGUUCUCAAGGGUCUGGAGCAGACUUUCCACCCUUCACUGCUACUGACAUUCAACCUAAGCGAAUACCCCAGCCUGGGAGCAGUUUUCAGAAGCUUCGAAAAUGUUGUUACUGCCUAUGAAGAGAAUAAGAGAAGUCCGCAAACCCUACCCCCACCACAACCAUCUCCACCAAACCAUCUGUCCUCUUCACCAAGAGUCGGUGAGCCUCAAGCAGGCUCACUGCAAAUCAAUGAGAUCCGGCAUGAGCAUCCCAGUCCUUCUCACCCAGCUGAGCCUCCUCCUGGCUUCAUCCAGGAAGGAAAGACUACUCCAGGGGUGCCCUCAACUGGACAAGGAGUCCAGAAGAAGCUCAAAGUGGUGAAUCAGAGGACUCAGAGGAAGAAUGACUCAACCAGGAACUUGAAGAUGGUGACCAGGUCUCAGAAGACAAGGACUGGACAUGCUCAGAUAUCCAAAGCACAGGGUAAGGCUACGGUGGGACCUGCCAUUGGAAAGGCUCAGGAUGGCAGGGUCCCUUAG